CCCUCUCCCUCCUUUCCCCCGCAUGCGCCGUACGGACCUGAAGGACCCAGCCUUCUUCCGCUGCGCUCCCUGCCCCAAUACCCAGAAUCCUUUGCAAAGUGUCAACGUAGCCGGCGCCGGCGCUGUGAAAGCCGAGGAGGGAAGGAAAAAAGAAAGGGGGGAAAAAAGCCGCUACCGAAGCCGGCUGAGAGGCUCUGACUGACUGACUGACUGUGACUCUGCUGCGGCCGCCGCCGCCGGUUCUGGAGCAGCCGCUGCGCUACCAGGACCAUGGCAAGUCCAAGAACAAGGAAGGUCCUCAAAGAAGUGAGAGUGCAAGAAGAGAACAAUGUUUGUUUUGAAUGUGGCGCAUUUAACCCUCAAUGGGUGAGUGUGACAUAUGGAAUCUGGAUUUGUCUGGAAUGUUCAGGAAAACAUAGAGGAUUGGGUGUUCAUCUCAGUUUUGUGCGUUCUGUCACGAUGGACAAAUGGAAGGACAUUGAGCUCGAGAAAAUGAAGGCUGGUGGUAAUGGCAAAUUCCGGGAAUUCUUGGAGUCUCAAGAAGACUAUGAUCCUUGCUGGUCACUGCAGGAGAAAUACAACAGCAAAGCUGCAGCACUCUUCAGAGAUAAGGUGGCUACAUUGGCUGAGGGCAAAGCAUGGGCAAUUGAAACUUCUUCUGCCAGGAACUGGACUCCACCUCAGCCAAAAGUUGCUCUGUCCUCAGCUCACCGCAGUUCUGCUGGACAGCCCCAGAAUGCCAGUGCCCCUCCGGACAAAGCCUUUGAAGACUGGUUAAAUGAUGAUGUUGGCUCUUAUCAAGGUGGUCAAGAGAAUCGCUAUGUCGGGUUCGGGAACACAGUUACUCCUCCGAAAAAGGAAGAUGACUUCCUCAAUAAUGCCAUGUCUUCACUAUACUCCGGAUGGAGCAGUUUUACAACCGGAGCCAGCAAGAUUGCUUCAGCAGCUAAAGAGGGUGCUACCAAAUUUGGAUCUCAAGCAAGUCAAAAGUUUUGGGGCCACAAACAGCAGGCAGAGCCGGCUUCAGAGUUAGGGCAGAGUAUAAAUGAAAAUGUUGUCAAACCUGCACAGGAAAAGGUGAAAGAGGGGAAAGUUUUGGAUGACGUUUCCCAGGGAGUCUUGCAUUUGGCUUCCAAGGUCCAGGGAGCAAGUACCAAGGGAUGGCGAGAUGUCACCACUUUUUUCUCUGGAAAAUCAGAUGAGCCUUCUGAAAGGCCACCUGACGGGGAGAGCUACCAGAACAGCAGAAGCGAAGGCUACCAGAACAACACUGUGGAUCAAAGCUUUUGGGAGACCUUUGGCAACUCAGACCCGCCAAAAACCCACAAGUCCCCAAGCAGCGAUAGCUGGACGUAUGUGGACAAUUCGACUGAGAAGAAGAGUUCUGAUAGCUGGGAUGUCUGGGGGUCGGGAACAGUCUCCAAUAACAAGAACAGUAACAGUGACAGCUGGGAAAACUGGGAGUCCAACUGGGAGAACGCAGCAGGGGAGGGCAAAGCCAAGAAGACCCCCAAGAAUACGGCAAAAGAAACUUCUUCAGCAGCUGAGGAAGGGUGGGAUAACCAAAACUGGUAGGACUUUGCUCCUAUCCAGCAUGGCUGGGGGGAAGGGGGAAGUCAUACCUCUGAGGGGGAAGUUUCCCACCUAACUGGAUUAACUUCCUUGUCAUUUGGGGCCUGUUAAACUUCGUGCUUGUUGUUCCAUUCUCUUUCCACUCCUGUUUACAACUACAACGGCAAAAAUAUUGGUUUGCAGAUUCUUGUAAUUACCAUAUGAAGACACGUCUUUCCCAUGGAAACCUUAUGCAUUAGAUUUACUCUCACCGUGCUGAUGUGUGUGCAGAGCAUGCUGACCUCCUUGAACACGAGAGUUUGGAGGAAGCAAGCCCAUGCCAGCAGACCUUCAUAGCACAAUACUGCAUGUCUAGUUUCACAGGAUGGCCCAGAUUCUCUUUAGAACUUCAGUUGAAGUUCUGGAGAACUUCUGGAGAGAAGGAAAUGGGUUGCAAGUUAGAGAUCUGUGACUCAAAGCUGCUGGGAUAGCUUUGACACAAACCAAAAUGAUAAUUAAGACACUGUUGAAGCAGUUUUUAGAUAUAUCAGGGUUUGAAAUGUUAACGGAACAAAACCCUGCAUUAUUCCUUUUAAAUCUCUGACUUAAAGAAGCCAAGUUGAACUUCUUCCAAGCAUUUGUAGACUUUAGAAUUAACCACUUCCUGCUCUUGAAAGCUUUCAGCAGGUGUGUAACAAAAAGAUUCCCUCCCUUUUUAAAUUAAAGGAAAUAUAUUUCACCUUUUCCUUCUAUCUAAGGUUUUAUUUGAGGGUUUUAGCUGGACUGCCUGAUAUCAAAGAUGAAGCAUUUAGAAGGCAUAAUUGGCAGGAUAGGUGAACAGGGUCAGAGACAGAAGUAAAUAAUUUUGAGGCUUUAUUCUAAUUAAAUUAAUUUAUUUUGCCUUUUUAUGAGACCACUUUUUAUAAAAUAUUCUAUAAAAGCUUUCCCCACACUCUCUCCUUUUUUCUCUCCUUCCCGGUCCCAAAAGCUAUCAAUAGUGGUCAGAUUGCAACUUUAUCAUGUUGAGAAGCUGCUUUGCAUGCUGUUUGAGAAGAAUGCAGGUAUUUCUUCCUACAGGGUCUUAGGUAAAGUCUGUCCCCAAUGUCUGUGGUCUGUAGAUACCUCUUGUCUCUAUCACUACCACAUUUUCUAAUAUACAGUGCAACCGUUAAUAUUGUGAGAACCUCCUGGAAAACUUUGAAUCACGGUGCAGCUGGUUGAAACUCUGUGUGGAUUAACCAGUUGGAAAUCAUUCAGAUAUCAAUGUGAAAAUUUUGCUUGUGUGAAUGUUGACUUCUGAUGUCUGAGUCACUGUCCAAGAAGAUCUUUGCGUUGCCAAAAGGAACCACUGACUCCAGGCUCCAGACUGGUGAACUACACUUUAACUGCCGGUCAUUCAGAGUUCAGCUAAGGAUGUCUGCUGGGAAGAACUGGCCUCAGCAGCCACAACACACACAAUAUAUUGUGUACUACCCACUAAGUAGUCUUGAGUUUCUAGGAUUUUUGUCUGCUGUUCACUAUGUCAGUAUUUGCCUUGUGGAGAAAUAUGAUCUUGUUGGCUUGUUCUAUUGUAUUUAAUCACUCUAGUCUUUCAAACUGCCAACUUAAAGCUUUCCUUAAAUCUUUCCUAUUCUUGUUUCUGUUCCUCCCUCUCUAUUCUCAGUGGGUUGUCAUCUUGUGGCCUGUCAGUGACACUGGUGGUGGCGGCACGGACAUCCCUGCUUGUUCUUCUGGGACCCUUAGAGCUGUUUUUCUUGUGCCAGUCUGACUCCUGCAUCUUAUUCCAAGAUCUCUGAUCUUGCACAACUCUGUUUUUUAAAAAAAGGUCUGGACACUUAGAGGCGUGAUGCUUUCCCUAGCAUUGGUGGUGCCAUUUUUGCAAACACAACUCUUUCAAUGUAGUGACUUCUUAAAUCCUUAACUUGUUCCUUUUUGUUCCAAAAAGAGCAUCAUGAGAAUGUGAUUACAUGUUAAACAUGUAGCAGCUAUCAUAAACUUGCCCCGGAAUCCUUUUAUCUGCUCUUUGUAGUACGUAUCCACUGCCUAGUUCUUGAAACCAGUGUAUGUGCUCUGCAAAUCUUAUUUGGACUUAGGCCUGAAGUGUUGUCACCCAACCACUGACUAGGCAGUAAAUCUUUCAUCAGGUCUUGUAGUAAUAGGGACAGGAAAACGCACUUGAGCUGGAUUGCCUGACUGGAAGCAGCCUGUCUGAACUAAUAAGAAGCUCUCUGCAUUAUCUUAAAUUGCGUUUUUGUUCUGUUUUCCUUUACUGUCUGAAGUAUUCACGCCGUCCCAAUCUCUCUCUGGUUCCCCCCCCCCAAAAAAAGGUCACUUAAAAUCUAAGCGUUUGAUGCUGUAAUCCUAAACACACUUACUAAGAAAUAAGUCCCACUGAACAUAAUGAGACUUACUUCCAAGUAAAUAUCCAUAGGCCUACAUUGUGAGGCAUUAUACAAAAUUCCUUUUCAGAUACAGCUUUCUUGGGAGAUCAGUUGUCGGGGUGUCUGUGUGUCUGUGUGUGUUGUCCGUCCAUUCCAGGCAUAUGGUGAUGGCUAUUUAGGUACCUCAUUAGCAAGAUAGGUGGAUCUCUAAAUGUUUUGCUGCUGCAAUAGAAGACACUUCUGGGAUAUACCCACAAAACUUUACAUUGUUCUCUGAAUAUUCAUAUCCCUAGUAAACUGAACUGGAAACACAAGCACUUGAAAUAAUGCCAAAUGCAUGGUCUCUAAUAUGGUGCUUGGCAUGAGAGAGACACCUCAGUAGCAUGGGCUGGGUGCAGUUGUGAUACCAGGUCUGUGGACCAGGCUGGAGGGGUGUGAAGACCAUGUUCCCACCAAACUUGAAGUUUAGGUCACCAGAGCAAACAACCUCCCUUUGCCCCUAACUUAGGCAGCCUUGUCCUCAUUAUACCCAUGAUCCCUACCUUUCAUUGACUUGGUUCAGCUACCUCCGUCUUGAACUCUCAAUGCCAGUUGCUCUUUCCAUUAUGGAAAUGCUUUGGAAAAUAUUGCUUGGAAUGGAAAACAUCAAUCUACUUUGCCAGAAACACAUGUGAAGAUGAAUAUCUGACUUUUGACAGCUUCUGACCAUGGAGAGAGCUGCAUAAUCAGUUUGGAUUUUGCACUCCAACACAACCUUUCCCAUGUGGUUCUUCUAGCAUGAAAAAAGAAAAAGAAACUGGACAUCUGCUGUCUGCCCCAAACUAGGUGAGGUGAAAGGAGUAAGUCAGGUGAGCUGCAAAAUGCUUCCAGACACCAGUUGGGUUAUACCUAGUAUCCUAGCAGAAACCCGGGUCGUCUUCUGGGUGUUCAAGUUCUCUUGGCAAAGCCGGGCAUUUCUAAGAACAUGGCCUUAGUGUGUAUUUAUUACUAGGAUUCAUGACUUGAGCCUCCUUGCUAUACACUCGUGCUGAAAACUCGUUGGACUCCCCUGGAAUCCAGCAACCUCACCCUGCUCUAAUGUAACAUUCCAUGGGUAGAAAUGUUUAUGUACUGGUGUAGUAACUUGUGCAGUAACUUAAACAGUGAGGUGAAGCUCCUCUUAAUUUAAUCCAGAAAAUGACAUUUUAAAGGAUCAGUCUCCCUGUCCUAAGGCUUAAAUGAAGAGGUUUGACAGUAUUGGUGGGGACUUUGCCCCCCAGUCCUUGAAGGCAAGAGGCAGUGGUCCUCCUUUUGCAUUCUAGGUUGGCAUAACUGGCCUUUUUAUGUGAGGGGGGGGUUCUGGGAGCUGAUAUUCUUUCAAUUUUCCUUCUGUAUGUUUGUGAAGUUCACAGGAGCAGUGAGCGCUAUUCCUUGUUCUGUAAAGUGGUACUGGACUUGAACCUACAGUGUCAUCUUUUUAAAAGAAGAAAAAAAAAUACAAUAAAGCAAGAGAAAUGGAACAAA